AUGCAUCACUUGUAUCCCCUGGCGAAGGGCGACCCGCUGUGUCCGCUGGGUUUCCACCCGCAGGUGCGCUGGCCGACGCGCUGCAAGCGUUGCUUCCGCGACUACAAGGAGCACGGCGGCGUGCGCAAGAAGGAGGACGACUUCACCGUGUCCACGCCCAGCCUCUCCACUUGGAACACGCCGUCGUCACGAAGUCGUGAUGAAGACAAUGGCGCGGAAGUGGAGAAGGUGGGGCGAGGGUGGGCAUCCAGUAGCAACCUUAGCACAAUCGACUCUCCCAAGAAAGACGCCUUCUCCACAGGGUUCACAAGAACCAGUGCAUCGUGGACGUCGACGCCGGACCUGGGGGCCAACGAGACCGAGAGUUCGAACGCUGUCACCGUUAGUCUGAAACUGCCCAAGAGACGACUAACGGGACCAUUGCCAUCUAUAGAUACAGGGCAGAAUCAUACUACAGAUACAGUGACACUGCGCCGACCGUCGCCAUCGCCUCCGCCGGUACCUGCGCCGGCGCAGACACAAAUUACUAUAAGCAAGAACGACUCGCUAGCUGAACGCGUGCGAAAGAUGCAGUUAAUUAAAUCUCAAAAUAGUUUUGAAAAGGAAUCAAGUAUAGAAAAAGAAAGAGAGAGACGAAGUUUAUCCAGAAGUAAAGAAACGUACCAUGAAGAAAAGCCUGCGCGGCCCAAAGAAGACAGAAGUUCAACCAAGGAUGAUGUCAACUUUAUGAUGCAGGUGAAAAAUUCGCGAAACUCGUCAGCAAGUUCCAAGCCUCCUGUUAGAGGGGGUCCUUCACGAGACAAGGAUGAUUCGGAUGAUGACACCAGCACUGCUGGAACUGUCACCACUGAAACCACACUGGUCGACGCUAACGUUAAGGAGUAUCAGGAACAAAUAGAGAGUCUAAAACAAGAAAUGGACACACUAAAGAAACGUUGCGAGCGAGUGGAGAAGGAGAAGAGUGACAUACUACUGCGGAGGCUCGCGAAUAUCGACUCAGUGAACAAGUACACUACUGGACGGUCCUCAGAGGUUCUGAAGUUGCAGCAGAAGGUGAACGAGCUCACGUCACAGAAUGAAGACCUGAAGGACGAGAAGAAACAUCUCACGUUACGAGUCAGAGAAAUUGAGAGUGAACUUGAGUCUCGUCCCUCAGUAGAAGCACAGACUCGUCAGAUAGAACAGCUCCGUGCGAAGCUGUUGGCUGCGGAGACGCUGUGCGAGGAGCUGAUGGACGAGAACGAAGAUAUGAAGAAGGAACUGCGCGACCUUGAAGAGGAGAUUGAGGAGAUGCAGGAUAACUUCAGGGAGGACCAAGCAGAUGAGUAUUCGUCACUCAGGAGGGAGCUAGAGCAGACCAUAAAGAAUUGUAGAGUUUUAUCGUUUAAGUUAAAAAAGACUGAAAGGAAAGCUGAUCAGCUGGAGCAGGAGAAAGCUGAACACGAGAAGAAACUUUUAGAGAUAGUGGGAGGUCAAGAUGGGUUACAACGGGAGAACCGCAUCAAGGAGUUGGAACAGGAAGUGGCGCGGUCGACUGAGGUAGCGCUGAGGUUGCAGAGGGAGCUCUCGGAGGCCAAUGCGAAGCUUGCUGCCGCCUCGGGAACUCCUCCCGCUAACCUUAAAAAGAACCAACUUACGGACGGGAAAGUAUCACGGUCAUCACUGACCCGUGGUGGCAGUCAAGAAGACCCUGCUCAACUCCUCCGAGACCUGCAGGACUCACUGGAGCGCGAGGCUGACCUCCGCGAACAGUUAAGAAACGCAGAAGAAGAGGUCGGAAGCUGUCUCCAACACCUCCUUCAAAUAAGCUCAGUGUUGAUACUAAUGAAAAAGAUGCCAAAACAGAUGAGGAAGAUCCAGCUGAGUUACGACUCUUACUGGAACUCAAUGAACAGGAAACAACAGUUUUACGCAAAAAAGUUGAAGAAAUGGAACAAGAAAAGGAUUCGUUGA